AUGAGUACGCUUUUACUAGAUAGUCUAUCGUCAGAGACUACUCUAUUUACGGAUAGUGGGAAGGAUAGUUUGGAUGGUAUUUUAGGGGUGUGUGACAAUUUCUUGGAAGAAUUGAAACUGACAAAAGCGGCCUUGGAAGAACAGUUAGUUGAAGAAGAAAAUGGAGUAGAUCGCGAUAAUAAAGAUGAUCCGUUUGAGAACCUACAGAAAUCGUCGGACAAUUGGUAUAAUGAGUCUAUCGUGUAUCUUAAGACUUACAAUGCUAGUAUUAAUAAGUUUCUGAAAAAUAUCCUUAACAACAGCAAAUUUAACGUAGAUUUAGAUGAGGCAUAUACAUACCCCCUUAAUUUGAACAAUUUUCCAGUUAAAUAUAAUCAACAUGACUUAACAGAGUCUCCAACAAACUUGACUCCCGAUAUUACAAAUGAUAUUAGGGCGAUUAAAUUGCAAAACCACGGUGAAUUGAUUAAAGCAAUUAUUAUUCAUUUAUUGAAGAUUGGACAAUGUGAUCUUGUUAAGGACAUGAUUAAGGAAAUCGACCCAGAAGGUACCUUGAUGGUUGAUGAAACUCUUCUUGAAAAGUUCAAGCUCUUGAAUGAAAUUGUUGACGAUAUUGUUGUGAGGCACGAUUUAUCUAAGGUAUUGCACUGGUUCAAAGAUAAGUAUAAUUCCGACAAAAGUGGGUCUCGUGGUGUUGGAGGUAUUUCCCAACCAAUUAGGCUAUCUCACCACUACGAAAUAGAAUUCAAAUUUCAUAUGCUUCAAUUCACCAUACUUCUUAACGGGGACCAGGAAAAACGUUCAUUUGAUCUGGACAGAGUGUUGGCAGCUUACUUAUAUGCAAAAGAUAAUUUUUCCAAGUUUUUCAAAGAUUAUCUCCAUGAAAUCUCUCCACUUAUGACGUUACUUUUGUUUAAAACCACUCAGGAUGAAAAUAAUUCCCAACAAUACAUGGCCAAUAUGCUUUCAGAAUUCAUUACUAAAAUGAAACAAUCUUUUAAUGCGGAUCAAAAUAGCAGGACGGGACAGUAUAAACAGUCUCAGUUUAUUGGAGAAAUCUUAGCCAACUUCGAGAAUAUUCACGGCAACCAGUCCAUUUUUGUUAAUCUCUCAAAUGAAUUCAUAUCAGAUUAUUGUAAAGACUUGAAUCUAUCGAAUGACUCUUCCAUAUUUCAAAGUGUUCUUGCUGGCUUUAUCAACUUGCCUAGCUUUUAUAAGUACAAUAAAAUUCAAAUGAAAUUGAACAAAGUCUCGAAAGUUUCCCAAUCAAUUACCACUUUACCAACUCCUGGUAACGAUACCACUGGAAAUAAUGGUACGAGCUACGGAAUUUCAAGCGGAGAUGGUACGAUUGUCAAUUUUGAAGCAAGCUACCAUUAUGACCUACCAUUUCAAUUACCAGAUUCAAAUAAGUUUCUAUUUAAUUACCACCCGAUAUUUAUUUGUCCCGUAUCCAAAGAACAAUUGAUUCCAAUAACACUAGAUGACGAAUACCAACUCGAUCAAGAACAUAUAACGAAGAAGAUAAAGAUGACUCAAGCUAAUGCUGAUAUAUUGAGUUUUAUGCAAAACCCUGUAGUGGUUUUGAAAUUUUGCCAGCAUUUAGCUUUAAGAGAUAGUGUGUGGCAAUUAUCAAAAAAAGGCUCUGAAAUUUUUAAGUGUCACUACUGCUAUAAGAAGCAUAAGUUCUCAGAUGUUAGUGAUGCAUAUUUUAUUGACUUAUGA